AUGCUACUCACACCAGCCAAGACUACAAGAACGAGAGACUCAGCAAAUUCUAGUGACAACAGCAGUAGCAGUAAAAGCAAUAGUUCAAUCAUGCGUGCUAUAGUUUCUUCCCUUAUGGUCAAGCCCAUCACAUCUCUCACUAAUACUGUCACAAGCAGUAAAAGUUCCCGACGCAAUAGUUCCCCGAGUAAAAUUACAAGAUAUGAUUUAAUGAAAGCUGCCGCUGAAAACGACUUGAAAAGAAGCAAGUCCCAAGGACAAGACAAACUCAGAAAAAGCUCUAAUGGUAGAAAUAAUGAAGAAAUUUUGGUGUCUAAUACUACUUCAGAAAUUCAACGAACUGGCAGUAGCAUAUAG